AAGACAAAUGCCCAAGGCAAAGAUCCAAUAGCAACCGGACUGAUUAAAAAUUUGUUAUCAGUUCAAAACGACACGACAUUCGUGUACAUUGUAGAAUCAGAGUUCGACUUGAAUUUUUAACUCAACUGUUAAAACUGAGCUAACGUCAAAACCCUAGAAACUGUUGAAUGCAAAGAUGAUGAGGUUUCCGACAGUUUUAACGGCUGCCGUCGUAUUUUCCUUCCUAAUUACAGAGACCGUCGGGAUUAGAUUCGUAAUCGACAGAGAAGAAUGUCUAUCCCAUAAUGUUGAAUACGAAGGUGAUACAGUUCAUGUCUCUUUCGUUGUAAUUAAGGCCGAAUCAACAUGGCAUUUCGCUGAAGAGGGUGUUGAUCUCGUGAUAAAAGGUCCGGGUGGAGAGGAAGUACACAGUAUGUACGAUAGAACUAGCGAAAAAUACGAGUUUAUGGCUCAAAAAAAAGGUUUAUACCAUUUUUGCUUCACAAACAAGUCUCCAUAUCACGAGACAGUAGACUUUGAUGUACAAGUUGGUCAUUUCGCAUACUAUGAUCAACACGCAAAAGACGAGCAUUUCAAGCCGUUGUUUGAUCAAAUAGCGAGAUUGGAAGAAGCGCUUUACAAUAUUCAGUUUGAACAACACUGGUUACAGGCUGAGAAUGAUCGUCAGGCAGUUGUAAAUGAGAAAAUGGGUAGAAGAGCAGUCCACAAGGCACUGAUUGAAUCAGCAGCAUUGAUUGGGGCUAGUGUUCUCCAGGUUUAUCUCCUGCAACGUUUGUUUGAACGAAAGCUUGGGACAUCUAGAGUUUGAAAACAUGAAGGUGAUUCGUAACUUGUAUUUGGGUUUAUGUAGGCCAAAUGUAUCUUUUUUAAAUGGCCUUUUAAACAUUAUUUUUUCUUAUUUGAGUUAUAGCCAUUUUACUUCAUUGCCCGUUUCUAUUUUCUAGUCGGAUUAAAAAGGUUUAGCAUUGGGUUUUAAUUUAAUUAUUUUGAUUUGUCUAUCCAAAAUUUUAUGAAACGACUAUAGAUUAUUAUAUUAAUUGUAUAUCAUUUUUAA